CCCGGUGACCUCAGACCCUCCAACUGAACGCCCUUAUCUAAGCAAACGUCCCCUCAACAUCACGUGCGGUGAACCUGCUUAAUACAGAUAACUAGAAAAUAUGUCACAUGUGAAGUAUAGCGCAUUAAGGGACAAAAGGGCAUGCUUAUAGAAAUGCACUACCUGCUUAAACCGAUUUGUUUCCGUUGGUUUGCGUAUCUUUGGGUAGAAGGUCAGAUUUGAGACUAGCGUCUACCAUUUCCAUGUACCUGACUGCGACCAACAAUUGCUGGCUCUAAACUGUGCUACAUGUAUCCGUCGUGUCCCGAGACUUCCUGAAAACCUAACUGAUUCAUAAAACAGUAAUCUUCAUCUCGAAUACGGGUAUAGGCCUAUUUAGAGGGGAAAGCCGCUGACAGGACGUGACCGGAGUCUUACUGCUGCAUUCUGCGUCAUUGUCAAUCACAGGCCGAGGUCGAUCUGCGUUCUUGAAACGAGACACUAGGCCUAGCUGUUUAAACGUGCUUCCUUGCCAGCGCUGCAUAUUCACCAAGGCUUAGACUGGCGCGCAACGCCUAACGUCAUGACAUCAACAUAAACUGUGGACAAAAGUUGCAGAGAAAAGAGUGAAAAAGUGCAUCUGUUUGAGCGUUGGGAACAGAUUCGAUUCUGACUGUGACAGUGACUUCAAUGAGCACAAAACAAAAGGCUAACGGCUGGGAACACGCAUGGGUAGGCCUACAUACUGUAUGGACAGUCAUUUCUCUGCUUUGGCAAAUGUUUUAGUAAAGGACCACGGCGCCGUUAAAAUUCAGUUAAAAUCAGUUCGGUGGACGCUAGUUUACUGAUUGCAACUGAAAACAGGAGGUCCGUGAUUUCUGCAGCUAGACCUUCAUCUAAUCUUGAAUUGAACUGACUCGACAAGCAGCAUCGAAUAUUGAACGGUUAUCGAUUUUUGUACUAUUGAUAGCCUUUGAAUGGUGUUGCUUUUGCGGCUCCGUCUAGUUGAAAAUCAACCGAAAACCAAUUAAAAUGCACACAUCUACAGCGUGACCAGGGGCAUCACUUAGAUAUACUUAGUACACUUAUAUAAUAAUACUGGAUUAGGGUCAAGCACAUCAGUUGUAAACAGGAUAUUCUUACAGACAUAUGAACAAAGAGUCAAAUUGUGAAAGGAAGGAAAGAAAGAAGAAAGGAGGCGGAAGAAAAAGAAAAGGGGAUCAAAUAAAGAAAAAAAAAAUUAUAAAAAGAAAGCAUCAAAAUGUCUGGGAAGUACGGCAGCGUAGGCAACGGCGUCUCGUACUCAAAACUCAACGGCUCAGAGGACAGCGUCAAUUUUUGCAGCGGAGCCACGGCUCCCGACACUAUCUCCAACGCGUCGGGCGUGUUCUCUAGCGGUCAUGGGUACCUCAGGACAAACGACUCCUUUGGCAAGUCGCACAAAUCAGACUCAACCAGCGUUCUGAUCGACCCGGUAGGCAGGCACGAUGAAGACGAUGAGCCCAUUUUGCCCCCAAGCGCGGGGAGAGUUUUAGGGACCCUUGGCGGGGUUUUCGCCCCCGUUGCACUAGGGCAGCUGAGCACGAAUGUGUUUCAGCGUGUAGGUUUUGUUGUGGGUGAAGCAGGAAUGCUGCAGACCUUAUUGAUGUUCGUCUUAGCUUACACCAUCCUGCUGCUCACUGUGCUGUCAAUCUGUGCAAUUUCAACCAAUGGUGCUAUAGAAGGGGGCGGAGCCUACUACAUGAUCAGCCGUGCACUGGGACCAGAGUUUGGAGGGGCCAUAGGACUCCUCUUCUUUUUUGCCAAUGUUUUCUCAGCUGCCUUGUACGUGGCUGGGUUUGUGGAGGGCUUGCUGUCCAAUUUUGGACCUGGAGGAACCCUUAAUCUUGAUCCACCUCUUCCUGAAGACGACAUUAAUGCCAGCUUCAAGGGAUACUCCUAUCUCUACGCUACUGUGGUGCUGAUUUUUUGCCUCAUUGUCUGCAUGAUAGGGGGAGCUAUGUUUGCCAGGACGAGCUUGUUUAUUUUGAUGGUUGUAGUUUUGUGUACUUUGAUGGUUAUUAUCAGCACAUUUGUGAAACAAGCCUCGGAACUCCCCAUACCCAUUCCUAUACCACGGACCAAUACGCUGGUUUAUCCUGAUGUAAGCAAUGUCACUGAAAAUGUGACCACCGUCUUUUACAAUUAUACUGGAUACAGUAUUCACACUUUCAUGGAGAAUUUAUUUGGCAAGUACACUGCUGACUACACCAACCCUAAGGUGAUUCAGAACUUUGCCAUUGUGUUUGCUGUACUGUUUAGUAGUGUCACAGGAAUCAUGAAUGGUUCAAAUAUGUCAGGUGAACUGAAAGACCCCAGUAGAUCUAUACCCCGUGGAACUCUAGGAGCUGUCAGCUUUACCUUCACCACUUACAUCAUCCUUGCCUUCAUCACUGCAUUCACUGCCUCAGGGGACCUUUUGAGGAAUAAUUAUGGCUACCUACAGGAAGUGAACAUCUGGGCACCAUUUGUAAUCAUUGGCAUAUUUGCCGCCACUCUGUCUGCUGCUCUCGGUAACCUGAUUGGAGCGUCCAGAGUUCUGGAAGCCCUGGCAAGAGACGAGUUGUUUUGGUUCUUGUUGAAGCCGGCCACUAUAGUCACUAGAUCUGGGAACCCUUGGGUAGCUGUCAUUAUCUCCUGGCUAUUAGUUCAGUUGGUGCUUCUGAUUGGUUCCUUGAAUGCAAUCGCCCCUCUGGUGUCCGUCUUUUUCCUCUUGUCCUACGCAGCCACCAAUUUGGCUUGUCUUGCCUUAGAGUUGGCAUCUGCGCCUAACUUCAGACCCACGUUCAAGUACUUCUUCUGGUGGACAUCUUUACUGGGCAUGCUGGGAUGCCUUGCCAUGUGUUUUCUGAUCAACGCAGUGUUUGCAGCAGUGGCAGUUAUCAUACUGAUGUUGUUAGUGAUGGUGUUGCAUCUGAGAACAUGGCCGACAUCCUGGGGAUCCAUUAGUCAGGCGCUGAUUUUCCAUCAGGUGCGCAAGUACUUAUUGCUGUUGGACAGUCGCAAGGAACAUGUGAAAUUUUGGCGCCCUCAAAUCCUGCUUCUGGUUGCAAACCCCCGCUCUUGCAUAAACCUGAUCCAUUUUGUCAACGACUUAAAGAAAGGUGGCCUAUAUGUUCUUGGACAUGUAAAAGUUGGAGAAUUUGACCAGCAGAAAGAUGAUGAGGUUCAGCAGGAAUAUCCCGGCUGGUUGGCCCUGAUUGACAGUCUCAAGGUCAAGGCCUUUGCUGAAAUGACCGUGGCAGAGUCAGUCCGCGAGGGAAUGCGCCAUCUGGUGUACAUUUCAGGGUUAGGGGGAAUGAAGCCAAAUACCAUUUGUCUUGGUUUCUACGAUGAUAGCGUUCCUAUGGACACCCUUGUGCACCGCAGACGAAGAACCAGAACAUUUUACGGCAGCGCAGAAGAAGGCAGUACUGACCCAGUGGCAGAGAUUUUUCCUCCUCUUCGCGGAAUAGGAGACAGGAAGCCCCUGGUUGCAGAGGAGUAUGUUAAAUUGAUUGCUGACACCCUGAAAAUGUCCAAAAACAUCUUCAUUUGUCGUCACUUCCAACAGUUAGACAAGGAGGCCAUUAUUAAGUCCAAAAAUCGCAAAUUCAUUGAUGUUUGGCCAGUUAAUAUGUUCAACCCAAGAACAGCGGGCUACCUAGACAUGAGUUGCCUUUUCAUUCUACAGCUUGCUUGCAUUCUCAACAUGGUUUCUGGUUGGAAAUCCAAGACCACCUUGCGAAUAUUUCUCUGUGUUGAACGUGAAGGCCCUGAUACAGAGAGAAAGCAGAAGAAGCUGGAAGAGAUCUUGAAACAGCUAAGGAUUCUGGGACAGAUUCGAGCCAUUCCAUGGACGGAUGCUGUAAUUCAUCAUGCUACCUCGCAGCAGAGUGCGGAGGAAACGAAAUUAAGCACAGAUUAUACUGUAGUGUCAGACGAGUAUGUAGUGAAAUUAAACGAACUUAUCAAACAGCAUAGUAGCAACCAAGGGAAUACGGCAGUGACAUUUUUAUACCUGCCGAGAACUCCCAAGAAAGAGUCGUUGUAUACCAAGUAUUUAAAACAGUUGGCCAUAUUGACAGACGAUUUGCCACCCACUGUGCUAGUACAUGGGAUCCAUCCUGUUACCUCUACUACUCUAUAGGAAGAGCCACUAGUCAAGAAAAGACCAAUUUUCAUAUUGUCUUAGCUUUAUGUCAGUCAAGUGUUUGUCCAGAGUUUUUCUUUUCUGUUGCCAUAUUCACUGUAAUGGGGAAGGGGUGUCAAGCAGAAAAUGUGAAACUUGUCAUUAUACAAAAAGUUUGUCCGUGUAAUAUCAAGUGUUGCAUCUAGGUGUUUCAACUGCACCUUAGAUGGCACAGCAGUCAAGAAAGGCUGAAUUCAUCCCCCCCCCUCCCAGUUUAUUUACCAGAUAUGAGGAGGUAAAUUAUACAGCAACUGUGAUAAUUAUCAUACGUCUAUUGAUUUUUCUUAGAUGACAAGAUGUGAUGUUGUACUUCUCACAAAAAUAUUUAGGACAAUUUAUGCUCUUUUAACUGCGUAUUUGAAAUGUAUCUUAAAGACAAAGUCCCCAAUGUUUUUGGAUAUUUUGAUAUUAUUUUCAUUCAUUCCAUAGUGAAAAUUCUUUGAAUUAAGGAUGUGGUUUUUCAAACUAAAACGUGAUAGAUGAUUAAACAAAAGCUAAUUAAUUAGACAGUGCAACUCUAUAAGCAUAGUAACUUGGCGUUUCCAAGCAUUGUUUUACAUAAGUCAUACUUUGAAUGGGUUUAUGAAUAAUACAAACUGUAACAUCAAGUGCAGUGAUAUGCUUUUGAAAGCGAUCUAAAAUUAGUCAGAGAUAUAAGAAAUAAGAAUUUGAUACUUGUUGAUUCUCCGUGGCAGCAGCUGAUCCACUGAAUGUUUGAUUUAUCCCAUGGGUCAUUCUAUUUGAAAUAAAUUAA